UAUUUCUCCACCCCUAGCGUCCUAUUUCCAUUGGCGCCUGAAAAGUGCCAUUCGUAUUUUGAGAAUUGGGCUUUGUUUAAACAAGUUUUCGUUUUAAAAAAGCGGACAAGAUGCAGAAGGCGCGUCCCAGCAAAGGCACGCCAAAGGGCGUAGGCGGUGGACGCCCGAGCGGACAGUUCCGGGUGCCGCAACUAACUGCCCAGCAGCAAUUGCGGGCACAACAACAGCAGGAGGAGGAGGACGCCGCCAUGGACGCCCUAGACGAUGCCUUGAUCUUCGACGACGAGGAGGGCGGCACCCGGAUCGGUGAUAUAUACAUUCCGCCUCCUGUGCCGCCACAUUGCUCCAUGGAGAGCGUCGGGCCGCGGCUGAUCAUCUCAAAGAUUGUGAACCGGAAUUUCAAGAGCUAUGCCGGUGAAGUGGAACUGGGCCCGUUCCAUCAGAGCUUCACGGCCAUCAUUGGACCAAAUGGCAGUGGCAAGAGCAAUGUUAUCGACUCCAUGAUGUUCGUCUUUGGCUGUCGCGCGAAUCGCAUUCGCUGCAAGCGGGUCUCAACUUUGAUCCACUCCUCCUCGAGAUUCCCCAAUCUCCGGAGUUGCUCGGUGGCCGUGCACUUUAAGCAGAUUGUAGACAAGGGCGACGGCAGCUGCGAAGAUGUGCCGGAUUCCGGCAUUGUCAUCGAACGCACAGCCAUGUCGGACAACUCUUCCUACUAUCAGGUCAACGAUAAGAGGGCCCAGCUCAAGGAUGUGGCUAAACUGCUAAAAAAGCAUCAUGUAGAUCUGGAACACAAUCGCUUCCUCAUCCUUCAGGGCGAAGUGGAGUCCAUUGCCAUGAUGAAACCAAAGGGGCUGACUGAAAACGAAACGGGAAUGCUGGAAUACCUGGAGGACAUUGUGGGAACCCAACGCUAUAUUCGCCCUCUGCAGCAAAUCAACCAGAGGGUCGAUCAACUUACCGACGACCGUACGGAGAAGCACAACCGCUGCAAGUUGGCUGAGCGCGAGAUGAAAGAUCUGGAACAGCCGUUCAACGAAGCCGUUGACUAUUUGAAGAAGGAGAACGAGAUGGUGCGCACAAAAUCCUUCCACAUACAAAAGAUUGUAAGCAUCAAGAAAACCAAGCUGGAACAGUACACCAAGGAGCAUGAAACCUGUGUGGAAGAGAUAAAAACCCACGACGAGGGAACUGCUGCCCUGAAACAAGAACGGGCCGAGAAGGAGAACAUCAUCCGAAAGGAAAUUGAAGCAUACGAAUCUUUAGUGAAGACGCGCGAACAAAUCAAAAAAAGACUGGUUACUGUCGAAAGAGCCCAUACCGAAAUCCAAAGCACCAUGGAGAACACAAACAAACAGCGCAAGAAAGACAAAGCCCAGAUAGAGAAGAACGAUAAGGAGCUGGAGGAUCUGCAUAAAAUGCCGGAAAAAAAUCAACGCGAGAUCGAAGAUUGCAAUAAAAAACUGGAGAGUCUGGAAAAGGAUAAGGUGACGCUGAAUGAAGAACUUGAAAAGCAGCAGGCCGAGCUGACGAAAACAACGGCCCCAUUGACUGAGAAGCGUCUGCGGCUCAGUGACGAGUUGGUUGGCCUCAAGGAGAAAGUCAAUGCGGCCAAAGCAGAGCUACAGGUGUUCGAAUCGCAACUAAAAAUCCUCAAACAGGCAGAGACUACCGAAUCCAGGAAAUAUGAAACUCUAAAGAGCUCAUACGAACAGUCCCAAAAAAGUCUCGAGGAGAAGGUGAACAGGGUGGAUGAGUUAAAAGAAAGCAUUCCACGCAUGAAGAGCGAAAUAGCCAACAAGACAGCGGAAGUAGAUAAAAUGGUCAAAGAGGAGCGUAACCUAUCCAUGCAGUGCAACAAACUUAGAACUGAGAUAAACGAAGGAUCGACCGUUAUGCAAGCUCAGCGCUCAAACAAUAAAGUCCUGGACUUUCUUAUGCGUCUCAAGAUGGAGGGCAAAAUCCCAGGCAUUCUGGGACGCCUGGGUGACUUGGGGGGCAUAGAUGCCAAGUAUGAUGUGGCCAUUUCUACUGCAUGUGGACGCUUGGACAACAUUGUCACGGACAACUAUGACACAGCAGCCGCGGCCAUUGCCGCCCUAAAGCAGUACAAUGUGGGCAGAGCCACAUUCAUUACGCUGGACAAGAUUGAGCACCAUCGGCGCGAUGCCACUUCGCGGAUAAAUACACCAGAGAACGUUCCUAGACUGUACGAUCUCAUUAAGGUGGAGGACGACCGUGUGAGAACCGCAUUCUUUUUCGCGCUGCGGAAUACGUUGGUGUGCGACGAACUGGAACAGGGAACCCGCAUUGCCUAUGGCAGAGAACGCUUCCGGGUGGUUACGUUGCGAGGUGAGAUGAUUGAAAUGACGGGCACCAUGUCCGGUGGCGGCAACCGUCCUAUGCGCGGUAAAAUGGCCUCCCAGGUGCGUACCAAGACGGUAGAAUCGGCUGACAGUUCGCAGAUGUCUCAGAAGGCUCUGGAAGAAAUGCAAGUUCAGGCGGAGGAGCUGCAGACGCGUGUUAACUUCUGCCAGGAGCAGCAGGGUAGUCUUGAGCGCGAGAUUCAAACCCUGAAGAUGAGCCAGCAGCGGGACGAGGCGGAAUAUAAGAGGCUGGCGGUAAGCAUUACUUCCCUGGAGCAGCAGAUGGCCAGCAAUUUGAAGCAAUGCGAGGCGCAGCGGCAGCGAAUGCUGAAAAAGACAACAGACGAGAGUGCCGUUAAGGAGCGCGAGGAGCAGAUCGAAGCAGCCAAGCAAGAGCUGGAACAAGCCCAAUUCGCCGAGCAGGCUGUCUCCAGCCAAAUCGAGGAGAUCCAAAGCCAGUACGAUACUAUGAGAAACGAAAACGUCAAGCCCGUGGAGGCCAAAAUAAAGAAGGUGGGCAGCCAGAUCGAGAAGCUUGCCGCUAAUGUACGCUCCUUAAAUGUAGCCUUGGCCUCCGCUGAUCGCAACAUUAAGAAGAUCACUGGAAACACUAAUAAUCUUCGAGAGAACAUAAAAGCUGCAGAGGAAAAAUUGAAAUCGUUAAAUGAGGACCGCCAGAAGUGUCAGGAAAAGAAGGAAGGGUUGGAAAAGGAAGCCGAGGAGGCGGAAGCAGCCAUCGAGGGCGCCAAAUCUCAAUCCUCGGAUAUCAAAAAAAAAAUUGAUGAGAUCACUAAAGAGGAAAAUAAAAGAAACAUGGAGCGCAUUGAAAUAGAUACGAAGUUGCAAGCGGCCGCAGGAAAGAUGAACAAGGUAAAGACAGAGAUUCCCGGAUGGCAAGCUCAACUGUUACCGUUGAAGCUCAACGAGAUUCCUGGCGAAACUGAACCUCAAGCGCCCCUCAAGGAGCUCAGUGAAGAAGAACUAGAAGAAGAGACCUUGGAAGCAUUACAGUAUAAGCAAACUAUGCUUGAGGAAGAUUUAAAAACCAAGAAGCCCAACCUGGGAUGCAUUAAGGAAUUUAACGAAAAGCGCAUCGUCUACUUAGAUCGCGUCCGUGUCCUUGAGGACAUUACCUCCAAGCGAAACGAGAUGCGCGACAAAUAUGAGGAGGUGCGAAAACGACGCUACAAGGAGUUUAUGGAUGGAUUCAGCAUCAUUACGCGGAAACUAAAGGAAAUGUACCAGAUGAUUACGCUGGGCGGCGAUGCCGAGCUAGAACUAGUGGACUCUAUGGAUCCAUUCACUGAGGGUGUGAAUUUCACGGUACGGCCGCCCAAGAAGAGUUGGAAAUACAUUUCGAAUCUCUCAGGCGGUGAGAAGACUCUGUCCUCGCUGGCUCUAGUAUUUGCCCUGCAUUAUUACAAGCCUUCUCCGCUGUACUUUAUGGAUGAAAUUGAUGCAGCGCUAGAUUUCAAAAAUGUUUCAAUUGUGGGCCACUAUAUUAAGGAGCGUACAAAGAACGCCCAGUUCAUUAUUGUCUCACUACGUGUAAACAUGUUCGAACUAGCCAAUUUUCUGGUGGGUAUAUACAAAGUCAGCGACUGCACGGACUCGAUCACCUUGCUAAACUAUCCGCCCGAGCUGCCCACUCAGCACACAAUGGUUCCUAGCAGUCAGUACGUAGGUGGAACGAUUGCUCAGGAUAAUACAUUGCUACCCGAGAACAAUGAAAAGGAAACACUGGAUUCUCCAGCCCGGACGUCAGAACAAUUAACCCUCUUGGGCAAUCAGUUGGGAAGAGAAACAACAUUUGCUCCUCCCAUGGAAAGCACGUCAAGAGAAACCCGAAUGCUGUCUGCAGUGACCCAUCAGUUAGGAAGGGAAACAACAUUUGCUCCUACAAUGGAAAGCACGGGAAGAGAUACCAUAUUUGCACAAAAUGUCGAACGAGCCGCCGUUGCCGAUGCCGUUCCUCAGCCGAAUGUCCCAAGCAGAUUUUCCACGGAUGUUACCUUAGAGAGCCCGCCCUCUUCUCCACCUUUGGUUAAUGCUUAAAAGCAAAACAAUCACUGUAUUAUUCCAUUGCUAACUAUGGUUUGAUUAAGAUCCGCUUGCUCAUCAUUAUUUUAAGCUGCAAGUUGUAAACGGCAAAAUAAGUUAUAUAUUAAUUUAAAAGUUGUUGAGAAAGUAGUUUAAUAUGAUUUCCACAGCUGAUUUAUUAAAUCUAUUAUUUUUAUGUCGAACUAUCAUUAAACCAUACUUGUUUCUAUAAGAAAAAGCACAGCCCAUAACGAAUGGUAAAGAAAAGAUGAACCGGCGGCUAAGUUGUGUUAUGUUUAAUAAAAGCAGUCGUUCUAA